UCCCCAGUCCAAAGGUUCAGAACCACCUGAGAAUUCAUCACAACGUGAGAACACACAAGCCCCUGGCUCUUGGGCGGCGGAAGUAUUGGCCGAUGCAGAGUCCCUAGAAUGUAAGAAGAGGGACAAUGAACCGGGUAAAUAUCAAAUAAAGGAAAAGGCGAAAGGAGCCAGAAAAGGAGACCAAGAGGAGAAAGAAAGUUUGGUUGACAAUGAUGAAAACCAUGAAGACGAAAAUUCAAAUAUUGACGCAUCUGUCACUGGGGAGGGAGAGGCAAAUGUGCAGAACAGGAAAGACACAGUCAAAGAAGGACUUGGUAAUCAGAACUUACGUGAUAAGAUGGAUGAGCAGAAUAUAAAUGAACAAGAUGAGGAUUCUUCUCAGCGAAGUCAAGACGGAAGACAUGGGAAUGAAGAUCGUGAUUCGUCACAAAAAGGUCGAGAAGAAAAGCAUCUGAGUGAGCAUGAUGACUAUUCAUCACAGAAAGGUCGAGGCAGAGAACACAGGAAGGAAGAUCGUGAAUAUUCGCCAGAGGAAGGUCGAGGCAGAGAACACAGGAAGGAAGAUCGUGAAUAUUCGCCAGAGGAAGGUCGAGAAGAAAAGCAUCUGAGUGAGUAUGAUGACUAUUCAUCACAGAAAGGUCGAGGCAGAGAACACAGGAAGGAAGAUCGUGAAUAUUCGCCAGAGGAAGGUCGUUAUUCGUCACAAAAAGGUCGAGAAGAAGGGCAUCUGAAUGAGUAUGAUAACUAUGCAUCACAGAAAGGUCGAGGCAGAGGACAACGGAAUGAGUAUCAAGAUAACUGGUCUCAUGCAGGUCGAGGCAGGGGACAAUGGAAUAAACAACGUGAAUAUUCGUCACAUGCAGGUCGAGGAAGAGGACAACGAAAUGAGUAUCAAGAUAGUUGGUCACAUGCAGGUCGAGGCAGGGGACAACGGAAAGAGUACUUGGAUGAUUCCUUACGGCAAGGCCAAGGUCGAUAUCAGAAUACACAGGAGUCUUAUGCAGAUAGAAUAAGCAAGCAAAACAGAAAGGAGUUGGAUCCUAAGAUACUGUAAGUACAGUGUAUUAUCUCCAAA